UACGUCUUUAGUUUGUAAGGUGAGUGUGCGGGAGAUGUCAGCGGCGCGUUGUAUUUGUUUGGUGACGAACUUAUGGCUGUCACCUCGUUUGAGAAGGUAUGAGGUAAGUUGAGCGGCGCGAGUCUCAAAAGCUUUAUCUGUAGAACAGAUACGUCGUAGGCGGAGUGCUAGACUGAACGGAAUGGCUUUUUUGGUAUGUAAUGGAUGGCAAGAAGAGUGCAAUAGAUACAUAUGUUUGUCUGUGGGUUUGGUGUAGAGGUCAGUGGAGAUAUUACUGUCGGUGGUUAAAGAGACACUUGCGUCAAGGAAAGCCACAUUAGUGGAAGAGUGUGAGCUGGUGAAUUUGAUGGUGGGGUGGAUAUUGUUAAGAUAAUCGAUGAAAAUAUUUAGGUUAUCUAAACCUUCGGUCCAGACCAUAAAGAUAUCGUCGAUGUAUCUAAACCAAGUGUGGGGUUUACAUAGGGCAUUUUGUUAUCGCAACACAAUUACAUAUUGCCACCUUAGGGGUAAUAUUUUGCCUUUAAUUUUGUUACAUUUUCACAGCUCGCGUGUCCUUAACGGUUUAUAGUGUUUCAACUUCUUGUUAUGCAAAUUUUGUUAUUUUCUUGGCGAUAGACAAUUGCAUUUAGCAAGACAGCGAGAAGGUUGCUUCCGCCACUUGCAAGUUUGAAACAGAAAAAAUUAUUUAGUCAAAAAUUUUUGUGGCUCAAAUUAGACUGGGGAAACGUUUUAAUUUGAUGAUCAAAAGCGCUUAGAUUUUUGACGCACUUACUUCAAAUUUUCUUGUAACUGAAUAUGCAACGAGGUUUCGAAAUUAUUCUGUUUUGAAUAUUUGAAGAUUCGACAUUCGUAUCGUAUCCAAUGGAAUCGAAUGGAGUCGAAUACGGCUACUUGAAUUCUCUAUUUCAUGGACUCACCUACGUUUGAAAUUGUGAUAUGCUUCGGCUAAUGAUAUUUUCGAUUUUCUAGAGUUGUUUCCGGCGCCAAGGAAGACAAGUUGUUGACGUCUGCAUAAUCAUACACUCUUCUUUGCAUGACAAAGUAUUCUGUUCGCUUAAUUACAUGCAAACACUUCAUAAUAUUUUAAACAAAAGGAGGACUUAAGCGAAAGCAGCCGGCCAAUUUCUUCUUGACAGAUGAGUUAUUCCAUAUCAGCUUCCAAGGAUUGCUGUAUUGCAAUGUGCGUUAGUCAUUGAGAGAAUCGGAAACAUGCAGCAAAAGACUUUGUAUAAGCAGCUUUGUCCUUUGGUACUUUUGGCAUUGGUUGUACUUGUUCCACGAAAUGUCGGAGGAACACUUGGUUGUCAGAGCGACCCAAGCCUCUACUUCAUCGACGAUCAUAAUAUCAAAUGUGCCCCUGUGAAUUCUUUGCAAGAAUCUAACCCUUCAUUUCAAACGGUGGUCAAAAGCAUUGCUGAAGGAGCAGGAAUAGACAUUGAUGUGCGAAACAGAAUGAUCUAUUGGAGUGACACCACGGCGUGGACCAUAAACCGAAUGAACUUGACCUCAGGGGAAGUAAAAGUCAUUGUUAGGCAGAAUGUGGGGGAGGUUUAUUCCCUGGCUGUUGAAUGGGAAAGCGGCUUGAUCUACUGGACGGAUUUUAUCUAUGAAAGGAUAGAAGUAGCUAAACUUGAUGGCAGCUCUAGGAAAACUCUUGUGACACAGAACGCGCGUUCACCUGUUGGAAUUUCAGUCGAUCCAGGAAGUGGAUACAUGGUAUGGGUGGAGCACGAUUAUGCAACGAGAAAGAUAAUGCGUGCAGAUUUAACUGGCGAAAAUCCUCUGGAGUUACAAAAACUCUUUCAUGGCCUGCCGUUUUACGUCAUUAUCAAUCACAGCGAUAAUCGUGUGUACUGGACCGACAUUCGUCUUUCAUUUACCUUCAUUGGGUCAAUUGGAAUUAAUGGCAAGGGUUUCAAAGCAGAGAAAUAUCUUCAUCCAAGUUACUUUCCGUUUGAUUUGGCAAUCUCUCAGAAUACCUUUUAUUGGGCUGACCAGAAUUUGCAUGGAGUCUCAUGGUUCAAUUUGCAGAGUUCAUCUUCCAGAGUGGUGAAUCGUCAAAAUCUAUCUCCUCAUGACUUAAUUGGAGUGACAAUAUCCGAUUCAUCAACUCAGCCAAUAGCGAUCCAGGAAAAUCCGUGUGUAGUUAAUAAUGGAAAUUGCAGCGAUUUAUGCUUGUUAACCCCAGGAAGAGCAAGAAAGUGCGCAUGCCCUGAAGGAGUUAAAUUGAAGAAUGACGGCAUGACUUGUGAAAAUGAAACUGCGGCUGCAACAGUACCACCGCCCCUUCCAGCCAUCCAAGUUCGCCUCAGGCCCCUGAGCGCCUCCGCGGAAGGCAGAGGCCGCGUUGAAAUUCUCUACAACGGGGUUUGGGGAACAGUUUGUGACGAUUACUGGGGCCUGGAUGAAGCGCACGUUAUCUGUCGCAUGUUGAACUAUUCGGGAGCAGAAUUUGCACCGCGUAAUGCAUUCUUUGGCCGUGGACAACGUACCAUGCCAAUUCACCUAGACAAUAUUAAAUGUCGAGGCGAUGAGUCGACAAUUGCUGCUUGUCGCCAUAAUGGUUGGGGCCAAAAUGAUUGUUACCAUUCAGAAGACGCCGGUGUGAUAUGUUGGACCGACUCGGCUCCUCCUGUACAAGAGCCAACUUUGGCCCCUGGACCCCAUCCAGAACUGAAAGUGCAAUUACAAGGUGGAGACAGUCAUUACAAGGGUAGAGUUGAAAUUUACCUGAAUGGGACCUGGGGGACAGUAUGUGACGACUCUUGGGGAAUCGAAGAAGCCAACGUUAUUUGCCGAAUGCUCAACUUCACGGAAGGAGCUGUUAGUGCGCAGUGUUGUGGAUUCUAUAAUGGAUAUGGAGUUUCCGAAAAGAUUUGGCUGGAUGAUGUCCAUUGCGUUGGAAAUGAAAAUAGCAUCGCGGAGUGUCGCCAUGGCGGCUGGGGAAAACACAACUGCCGUCAUUCAGAAGAUGUAGGGGUCGUUUGCAAGCAUGCGCCAUUGUCAACACCAGAUCAAAUGGUACGACUAGCAGAUGGAGGUCGAGAGAGCGAAGGACGUGUGGAAGUAUUCCACAAUGGAGAGUGGGGAACGGUUUGUGAUGACCACUGGGAUAUCGACGAUGGAGAUGUUGUAUGCAAAAUGCUGAAUUACUCACGAGCGCUGCGAGCCCCCAAACAGGCUUUCUUCGGUCAAGGAAAUGGUAAAAUUUGGCUUGGCAAUGUGAAAUGUCGCGGAAAUGAAACAGGUCUUUUGCAAUGUGGACACCAGGGUUGGAAUGUUGACCAUUGUGAUCACCAUGAGGAUGCAUCAGUUAUAUGCGAAACUGAGGCACCGUAUUUAGAAUCCAAAAGUUUUAUUCUUGCCUGUGGAUUUGGACGCGAUCUUCUUUAUCAUGUCCCUCUUGAUAACGAUCUGCCUGAAAAAGGUAUACCCUUAGCAAUAAAGACUAACAAACCACUGGCGGUAACCUAUAACACAAAAGACAACAUGGCGUACUGGACAGAACGGUCUGGAUCUAUCCUUCGUGCUUAUUUGAACGGCAACUCCAGAGAAACAUUACUAACAGGUCUUACGCGUCCCACAGCUAUAGAAAUAGACUACGUGGGUCAUAAUCUAUACGUAGCAGAUCAAAAUGGCGUGACAGUAUCGAAGCUUGAUGGCUCAUAUCAGACCCUCUUGAUCAACUUGACAUCUUGCCAUGGAAUUGCUUUGGACACCGUGUCAGGGCAUAUAUAUUUUACUGUGACUGGUGUUAGUCCAAGAAUACUACGCGCAGACAUGGAUGGUAAAAAUCUGCUUGUUUUAACCAAUGUGUCUUCUCUAAGAGGAACCACAUUGGACAUAGCAUUGGAUAAGGUUAAUAAUCGACUUUACUACUCGGACGAAGGCAACAACUUAGUGAAGUAUAUCAAUUUAACCAGUCGAAUGCAUCACGCUGUAUUGUACAGUAAUCCUCGCAGACCUGUUGGCCUUACUUUAUUCAAUGGAACCCUUUACUGGACCGGUGAAGGGACGGUGGAGUCGUUUAGUGGUGGCAUUUAUAAGGUUCAAACUGACACUUUGAAUGGGGGCAUUGUUCGUGAGGUUGUGGACCUUCUUUCGUAUCCUAAAGGAAUAUAUGCCCAUGACAUCCGAAUGAAGAUACCACCAGUCGAUGACAGUCAUCCUUGCGCUAGAAACAAUGGCAGCUGUUCCCAUCUUUGUUUGAUAAACCCAACGGGCCACAGUUGCCUUUGUGUUGGAGCAGGUUCAUGCCAGACAUCUGUCAGCUCAUUGGUCCUUGCUACAAGCAGUAUGAAUACGGUAACCACCACGUCCUUCUCCUCAGCGACACAUGCUACUGCAAAAUCAACAAAAAUUCAUACCUCAGUCUUAGUUUCUCCAUCAACCUCAUCUCCGAUCUCCUCAUCAUCCACUUUGUCUCAACACGCCUCAUUUUCUUCUUCUAUGACCUACCGUUUGGUGACGAAACUCACAGCUUCGUCAACAGUCAACUUUCCUCCCUCACUAGUGGCUCCAACUGCAACACAUGUUAGCCUUAAGCCUUCCCAAGCUCCGUCUGAUAUCUGCGCAUCACAAAAUCCUUGUGAAGAUCGGGGUAGUUGCCAAGCUGAUGUUGUCGAAGGCUACAAAUGCGUUUGCUUGGAUUAUUUCUUUGGCCAACACUGUUCAAUAGACAUAAGUGGUGGAGUGGUGGUCCUUCUGAUAAACAUUCAAGGAAAUGAGUUCAACAAAACCGACCUGAAACAAGUCAUCCUCCAAAUCUUGAAUCGUCAAUGUGAAGAUCCUGAAAGCGAACAGUGUCCAAUAACACCAUCAGGUGGAGCAAGAAGAAGACGAGCGAUAGCUAAGACGACUUUUAGUCCUGAAGAGGUCAUAGUAAAGGACCCGAAGCAAAUCGAUGAAAAACUACAAGUAGAACUAGCUGUCGUCAAACUGAGGCUUGGAGGUUCAGCAUUUGUUGUAUCCAGCGCAAAUCUUAGCAAGAUAAUACAGGCUUCGGCGGCAGAGAUCGGGCAGAGACUAGGGGGGAAGUUGCUAAGUGCUACGCCAAAAUUCCCUGUACCAACAACUCAUGCCACACAGUCCACCAUGUCGGGUGAUAAACACAUGACGGUAACACAAGGACCACCAAAGGUCAGCACAACUAUACCCGGAACAACAACUGGUCAGGUACCAGCUCGUCCGGGUUCUGCAUCUGCCAAUAAGGGAGGAGACGACGGUGGGGUUAUCGGCGGUGUGGUGGUAGCUGCGCUCGUUAUCAUCAUCUUGGUUAUCGCACUGGCGGUCUGGUAUUUCAGGGUAAAAAUUCCUGGCCUUCCUUUUUCUUAUAAAAGAAACCAUGAUGGUCCUGAGCCACGCGUAGCCGCGUUUGAGAAUCCCGGAUAUGACAACGCAAUAGGAUUUGCGACACAUGGUGAAAAUCUGUACGACGAUCUACCUCCACCGGUUGUUCUGUCCCCGUACGAGGAUUUCAAUGACUAUGGCGCUGUAAGCAAUCCCAUUUACUCCGAAUUUGGCGCCGACCGUGAAGGUUCGGUCAGGAAGUCUAAUUUUGGUACAAGCUUGUUCAGCAGCAAUGGUAAAGACACCGAGAUCGGAGCGAAUGAUGCUAAGAAAAGCAAUGAAAGUAUUGCAGGAAAUAAGAUCUCUCUGGGAGAUACCAGUUGGGUUAAAAAGAAUCCUGAUAGCAAGGAGACUGGUACAAACCAGGGGUAUGAAAAGAAAGGCCAAACCGUGCUUGUCUUAGAGGACAGCAACGAGAUUAACAAGGCGUCUGAGUUAUGAAAUGCACUGUUUUAAAAAAUGCCGUGAAAAAAGUGGCAAUGCUCGCCUAAUUGAAAAAAGUUCUUUAAAUGAAUUCCAUACAUAAUUAUGGACUUCUUUACGAUAAAAUACCAUAAAAUCAUUUUGCCAAACCACGCCCUUUCAGCAGUGUGUACCACAAUUAUAGCUAACUAGAACUUUGAGUAAAAGACAAUCAUUAGAAAUGUUAAUAUAGAACAAGAAUCGCAGAAGCGCUGUUUUCUCGUACAAUAAUGAAUUGAAGGCUACCUUGAAUUUUGUUGAUGAUAUGUGGGAAUGAAAACGCAUGCGGAUUUUAGUUCGUAAGUCAAACUUUGAUUUUGCCAAUAAAAAAAAUCUACUAAAUCUUUAC